AGCACAGCCUUUACGAAAAGCCAUCUCUGGAACUGCGUUUUGUCUGGGGAAUUUUAACAUCGCUUUUAACCUGCUUUGUAUGAUGUUUAAACUUUUGGAAUGGACGAGAAAGUAAGUGGUCAGAAGAGGAAGCGUGAGUCUAGUGAAGAGGAACCAAGCAAGCUUACAACCAACAAACAAGUAGUGGAAGAAGGGAAGUCAUGGUGGACAUGUAUGAUGCUAGGAGUACAUCAAGAUAACACCAAGCCACAGGGGAGGAAAGUGAACAUGACCCAGAAAGAUAACUCAGAUAAUAAAUGAAAUGAAAAAAAAACAUUGAUUGCUGCCAUCCCAGCAGAACAUUGAACCAAUCCAUUGCCUUGUUUCAGGCUCCUGGACAGCUAUUGGUGCAGGGAAACUAUUCAGUCAUGGCAAGUGAGACUAGGGAUCCUGAUGUUUGUGAGCAGUGCCAAUCAAUACGGCCGGCCACACCCCCUCCAGAUUCCUGCUGUGGUUCUGGGUGUGCAGUGUGUGUCUAUGAUAUUCAUGAUCAGGAGAUACAACUGUGGAAAAAGACUUGCAAGCGUAAACAUGGUGCAGAGGAAAGUCAGAUUGAAGACAAUGGAACUGUAAUGGACCUGAUGGACUACAGAUAUUACACUCUGCAAUCGAUCAUUCCAGUCUGUGCAAAUACAGCUGUGUACAGAUUCAUGCUUCCACCUGGAAGGAAACUGGACCUGUCUAUUGCAAAGCACAUCAUUCUCAGGGGUAUACACAAUGGAAAGGUGAUAACCAGGCAAUACACACCAAUCUCUUCACCACAUGAUGCAGGGUUCUUUGAAGUCCUUAUUAAGUUGUACCUCAGUGGAGAUAUGUCUCAGUACAUUAAGCAAUGGAAGAUAGGCGAUGGAGUAGAAUGGAGAGGACCCUUUGGGGCGUUUACAUACCAACCAAACGAGGGCCAUUAUAUGAUAGCUAUAGCAGCUGGUACCGGGAUCACUCCCAUCAUUCAGGUGAUGAGGCAUAUUGUAGAGAAUGAGGAGGAUGAGACAGUCUUCAGACUACUCUACACCUGUCGUAACUAUGAUGAGAUUCUUCUCAGGGAAACUCUUAAUGAGUUGGCUCUUUACUGGAAUAUCACCAUCAUCUUUAAUCUGACUCAGAGCUUAGCAGGCAGCCAUUCAACAGAGUACGGCGAGAUCAUUCAAUAUGGCCGCUUCACUCAAGAGAGACUAUCCAAAGAGGUGGCUGCAUCCAUGGGACGACCUGUGAGGGCGCUGGUCUGCGGAACGCGUUCUUUUGAAAAUGACAUGAUCACAUUCCUGAAAGAAUCAGGAGUGCCAGCCAAUUCCAUAGAGAAGUUUUAACACACAGGGUAUUUUAACAAUGAUUAUUUGUGUUUUCCUUAUCAUCUCAUGUGACAUCAUGAUUAUAAUCAUGGGGGAGCAGUGACAUUGUGAAUGGGCUGGCGGGUGGUGUGUGUUGGACCCAAUUCUUUUAAAAAUCUUUGCAAAGUUUCUCCAAGAAGAAAUAUAAAUCUGAAUUUCAAAUUUAUGGAUAUGGUUUGCAUACAGAAAUAUUUAAGUUUAUGUAUGGGGUGGAUGUUCCACUGGUCCUCUGUAUAUGUAUGACCUAUUUGAUAUCUAUUUGUAUCAAUGUUUAAAUGUUAACUGAGUUUCAAAUCAUUCAAUCAUGUUCUUUCAAGUCCACUGGAAUACCAAAUUAAUUCUCAUUUCAGGGAGUAACAAACUAACAAUGCUGGCAGUGAGGCACAUUUCGUCCUUGUUUUC